AUGGACAAUUCGUCGUUUGCUUUCCAGCGGCAGCAACGUGAUCAAAUGGUGGAAUGGUGCUCUCCAACCAACCCUUCACAGCACUUCACUCCGAGACACCCUCCAACACCUCCACGACUGCCUUCGACAUUUCGAAACCAAUACAAUGGCCUGAGCCCAGCCGGACACGAGAGCCAUGCGCAUUUGGGAGGACCAAUUCUGCCGCAGAUGCCGAUGAAUCAGAUCCCGCUCACUCACAGCCAUUCCUACGAAGCAGCACCAUAUCCAACCCUUUUCCCACAAUCUACUCAUCCUCCACAACGAUUCACAUCAGGAGGCUACCCUUUCCCCUUCGACACCAUGCACACACGCGCGAUGGCGCAGGGUUUUCCGCCGGCGAAUCAUCCUUUGGAGCAUGCUACCGGCCGGCGUGCAUCUCACCCAGUCCACGCAACUGCAGCAGGGUUGCCGCAGCAUAACACCAUGCACAUGCGUGGUUCAAUGCCCGACGUGCCGACUCUUUCAGCGUUUGCUUGGAACACUCGUCACCACAAUCCGGCCGAAGCAGUCAUACGGCCAUUAACGGCACAGCACGUGCCACACCAUGGUGCUUCACUUCAAGUUUUUGAACCACCAGCUCUGCCGAUGAAUAAAGUGUUGGCUUCCAACGCUCACACGCUCCCUUCUCCGGCUGCUACCACCAGUAUCGAGCACAUCAUAAACAGUACCGACACUACGGAUAGGCCUUCGUCAAAUCACUCUGCAGAGGAGAUUAUCGUGAGCAGUCAAACGGCCACGAACACUGCUCAGCCACCAACUACGAAAGAAGUAAUGGUAUACAUGCCACACAACACCAACAGUUCCGACAAGGAGAACUCCACUCCAGUGGAUGUGUCCAGGAAAAAGUCAUCCUCAUCAAGUCAAGCUUCAGCAUCCGCUGCUGGCUCCAUGAUGGCCGAGGGCGUGAAAAGCAGAAAGCGGUCCCAGGUAAUGCGCUUCGGGCAGGAGCCAGCGACAGCAACGCCUCCGCCACCCACGAGUAAUACGAGAGCGCAGAAGAGUUCUGCUCCGGCUAAGAACGCCCUGAACAGCCACAGCCCCCGCAACAACCAAUUGACCGCAGAGUCAAAGCUUUCUCAGACUCCAAAAGCGAUCGAGUCGCGGAUUUACCGAACCGCGAAGCUUCAAGGAGCUACACAGGAAGAGACACGCGCCAUGAUUGCUGCCGCAAGGGCUGCCGGUGAUCUGCCAGCUGUCCGUGUGAAGACCACUCCGCACGCGGCUAGUGCGGCUGAAGACGGUGAUAUUGCAGAAGGUACUGGCGGAGUGACGUUACGAUUUGGUGAUCUGGACACCACAGCGGCUGAUGCUGAGGCGUCUGAGCAAGCUCCCAAGAGCGUCUACACAAAGCCGACCAAGAGAUCCGCGGGUGACGAUACGGUAGCCCCCAGAUCGUCGAAGCGGCUUCGUGCCACACCUGCUUCUGCCGCAUUGUCGGAGCAACAGUCUUCCUUCGAAGCAAUUGACGAUGUCACUCAUGUCAUUUCUUCUGAGGGCGUGGGAGCUGAUGCUGAUGCUGCAAAUGACACAAUCACGCCAGUGUCACGGUCAACACAGCAUAACCGACCUAGGGCCAGUCCGAAGAGAUUGGAGAAUGCACAGCCAUCUGGUCAAGCGGACUGGAACGCGGACGAUAGCGUGCAUCGUGAUCCAGAGGAUGGCCUGCAGACCCAACACGAGCCUCUUACACCAGAUGGAGCAGCGACUCCGAGCUCAAAGCCCGCCCCCAGACCACGUAACACAGCAGCCUCGCGUCGCAGGAGCCGCAUACCAGAGCUUAGUUUGGGUCAGACAUCUCUAGAUGCUGAACACUUGCAGCAGCUUCGUGAUCUUGCUAGGAAUGGCGAAAAUCUGGACUGGACUGGCAUUGAGGAUCACAGUUUGCGCGCUACAAUCUUCCGCAAAGCUAUCAAUCGCAGGACCGUAGCUAACAAGCGACGAUCACAGAUUGGUGAUACUGCUGCCGUGGGCUCGGGCUCCAGACAACACCGUCCUCAAACUCUGGAAGAGAGCCACCAUGCUGCUGCCCACAGUCUUGAGGUCUCAGCCGAUCAACACACAGCUCCAGUCGAUGUCAUGCAACACAAUGAUCCCCCGUCAGCCAACGAGCCGUCCUCGUUGCAGCCCGAAGCUGAGGAUGGCAAUGCUGACGUCGUGGAGCCAUCGGUGGCAAGCGCACCAAAGUUUGCCCAAAGCCUUGUAGACAUACAAAAGUAUUCGGCACCCGGCGAGGACCUCGAUUGGACCAAGGAGACGGACAAACAAGAGAGGCUCCGCAAGCAACAUGUCAUAACACGACGCAAAUCGAAGGAUCCCAAUCGCCAACCUGUGUAUUCGGAUCGGAGAAAGCGUGACGCAGAUGCUUCGCGGUCCGAGGAUGCGACAUUCAGCUCCUCUGCUGCUCCUACAUCAGCGUCUGCCAGGAGUAAGAGGCACAAGGAUAAGCGGAGCUAUGCAGACGAUGCUGUGUUCCACAAUGAAGUGGAUACAGACGAGGAUGGGGAGACUCCUGCACCUCAGGUUCAGGAGCUGAAGAUGAGCAAGGUUGAAUUCACGGAUGGUACAUUUGCGGACAUAGAUUUUGUCGAGAGCUUGACGCUUGUACUGGCCAACAAAGGAAAGUCAUCUGGCUUUCCGGGUAGACAAGCCAAGCGCAUCAUGGAUCUGCUCAACGUUGCAGAGCCACCACGCACGGGCGAGGCAUUGUGGUUGGUCACGCCAGACCAAGCAGCAAAGUGGCUUGCACCAGGCCAGUACUUCGAUGGACCUAUCGUCGUAUACGGGCAGCAGGUCCUACCACUUCAGAGUAUUGAUGACUUCCUCGGCGAACACUUCGACGACUCGAUACAGGUCAGUAUCCAGGACCCGUCGACAUACAAGGUGCCGCAUGUACGCGAUGCCACCAUGCGUCAAGUCAAAGAGCGAUUCUCUCAGCCCAUGACCGGUAAUCCAUGGAAUCUGCUCGAGCUGGCCACGCAUCGCGAAGAUGGCCUACGUCCAGCUUUCCUCAAUACUUCAGAGUGCAGCCUACUCACAAAAGUCAAGCUGCCUGGGUCUGGUGACACCGCGAGCCGACGAGGCUUCACCGAUGGCUGGAAGGAAGUCGAGAAGUGGACUUUGGUCGCGCAAGCUGGAGCGCUGACCGAGCCUCAUCAAGAUAGUCAUGGUUACAGUACCUACAUUACUGUGAACCAAGGCGUGGUGGGUUUUGGCUGGCUCUCAAAGCCUACCGCAGAGGAAAGAGCGGGCUGGUGCGGGCAUCAUGACAGUUACAUCGGUGGUCGCUGGCGAUAUGUCAUCCUACGGCCUGGCAUGACCGUCUACUUCCCAGCAGGGACCGUGCACUUCGUGUUCCGCCACCCAGACGCUGGUAACACACUCGCCUUCGGCGGCCAUGUCCUGCGUUGCUCGCAGAUCGUGCGAUGGAUCAAUGUGCUACUCCAGGAGUCGGCUAUACCCAACGUGACGAACGAGGAUCUCAGUCUCAGCGCCCCUGGCUAUCUGAAGUCGGUGGAGAAGUUCGUGAAGCAAGCACUGAAGACAGGUCAGAUGGAGAAUUGGGGUGGGAAGGAGAGUAUUGAGUCGUUCUUGGAGAAGAAGAAGGAGUUUGAGAAGCUGCAGGUGGAGAUUGCGAAGAAGAAGCGGGCGAUUGAGAGAAGUAGUGGGUGA